AUGGCAGGACCGGAGCAUUUUUAUCACCUCGCUCUUCAACUUGAAACUAGCCCACGUAUAGAAUUGCAACUCUAUGGCAAGGACUUAUUUUUACGAUCAGGCGAGUUGGGAUAUGCACCUGCGCAGUUUAAACUUGGCAUCUGCUACGAGCUCGGCCUGAUGCAUUUUCCUACGGACCCCUCACACUCAUUUGCGUGGUACAAGCGAGCGGCGAUGCAGGGGCAUGCGGAUGCAGAGCUCGCGGUUUCAGGAUGGUAUCUGACAGGACAUCCUCAGGGACUGGUUCAAUCUGAGCCUCUGGCCUACGAAUGGGCCUCGAAGUCAGCACGGAGGGGCUGGUCCAAGGCAGAAUAUACGCUGGGUCAUUAUCAUGAGGUCGGGAUCGGAGUGCCGCAAGAUUUACAAGUUGCCAAGCAGUGGUAUAUCAAGGCGGCCGCUCAGGGCAACGAUCGGGCUCUACUACGGCUGUUGCUGGGAGCGUGCUAUGAGUUUGGGAUACUGGGUUGUCCUCAGGACCCCGUCCAGGCAGUGCAUUGGUAUAGUCAAGGCGCCGAAAAUGGGCAUGUCGAGGCAUUGCUGGCGUUGGCGGGGUUUUAUCUGGAUGGUAGCGCAGGUCAUGCAGUGGAGCAGAGCGACGAGGAAGCGUUCAGGUUCGUCAAGACUGCAGCUCAGAGGGGUGUUCCCAAGGCGGAGUAUAUUACGGGGUUCUUUUUAGAGUACGGAUUGGGCGUGGAGAGAAAUCUGAAGGAGGCGAAGCAGUGGUACCAUCUAGCAUGCGCCAAGGGCGUGGACUCGGCAGAAAGGCGGCUAAAGGAUUUGGAAAGGGCGGUCGCUGUUGCCACGUAG